GAGAGCAGAUAUAGUGAAUGCAGGGUCUGGGGAGACCAGAUAUAGUGAAUGCAGGGUCCGGGGAGACCAGAUAUAGUAAAUGCAGAGUCCAGGGAGACCAGAUAUAGUGAAUGCAGGGUCCGGGGAGAGCGGAUAUAGUGAAUGCAGGGUCCAGGGAGAGCGGAUAUAGUGAAUGCAGAGUCCGGGAAGACCAGAUAUAGUGAAUGCAGGGUCCGGGGAGAGCAGAUAUAGUGAAUGCAGGGUCCGGGGAGAGCAGAUAUAGUGAAUGCAGGGUCCGGGGAGAGCGGAUAUAGUGAAUGCGGGGUCCGGGGAGAGCGGAUAUAGUGAAUGCAGGAGUCCAGGGAGAGCGGAUAUAGUGAAUGCAGGGUCCGGGGAGACCAGAUAUAGUGAAUGCAGGGGUCCGGGGAGACCAGAUAUAGUGAAUGCGGGGUCCGGGGAGAGCAGA